CUUGGACACGGGCGCCCCGAGUGCUCCCGACAUGCGACAACACGAAUGAAGUCCGUGGCUCGACCGCAACGGCGCUGGCUGGGGCAAUUCCAGGCGGGAGUUCGCCGGCCCAGCGGGCCAAAAGCCGAAAGCAGCGUGGCAACGUCAUAGAUGACAAGUGCACUGGAUGAGAUGGAGGUGAGGAAGGCACUUGAUCCUCUCAAAAAGGACAGCAGAGGUAUGGGAAUGACCGAAGCGCUUGAACGCGCUUUGCUCUCAUUGCGCAGUGGACCCAAGGAGAUGUGGCGGUGGCGGCAGCGGAAGAGCAUGCUGAUGGUGGCGUUGCAAGCGCCAGUCGCGCUUGCGGCGACUCCUUUUGCACUGGCCAGGCAGCACCCUCAUUUCUUGCAACGGCCUGAUAGCCACGACCAGCUUGGAAAAUGUCCUGCCUGCCAUACUGACGAGAUGCAGAAGGAAUAAGCGAAUCGGGCUGCUGCGUGGCACUCACUCGCUCUUCUUCUCCCCCCGAGGCUUCCCGUCGGCAGGCGCCCCCGCGGCCAGGCCGUGCGCCAGCCUCGCCAGCCUGAGCAGCAAGUGCACGGCGUGCAGCAGGGCGCUCAGGACCAUCACGGUAGUCCAGAGCCACGGCGUGCCCGUGGUCUGGAUCCGCGUGUAGCCCACGGCGCCGAAGCACACGGACGCCGCCGUGUGCAGCCAGAAGUUGCCCAAGGGCCAGGCCCGCGCGACGACGGCCUUCUGCGCGGACAUGGCCCCCGGAGACAGCCAGCGGACGACGGGGAUGCUGUCGAGGUCCUCCGCCGACACCGUGAGCAGGCAGAACAGAGACGCUAUGGCCGCCUGCAGCAGGAACAGCGGCGUCCACAGCCGCUUCGGCCGGAGAGUGUCCAGCGCGCAGUCUAGGAGCAUGAGGAUGGCCUCCCAGCAGAAGAGCGCGCACCAGAUGCCCUGGAACACCAGGUCGAUCGUGGCCGGCGGCGUGGCCGGCGGUGCCCCCCCCUGCGGCGACGCUGCGGGCGGUGACGCGGCCGGCGGCUGCGCAGCCCGCGGCGGCGGCGUCGCAGCCCUGGAGGCCAUCCCGGCCGGCGGGCGCAGAGGCGUGCUCACCUCCGCGUGCGAGAACCACGAGCUU